AUGAGUACAGAAAUUGCAACACCUUUACUGGCAUUCGGUUGUGCACUGAUUAUUUUCUUCAUAUUGAUUGUUAUCUUGGUGACAGACCACAUUAUUCGUUAUCAUCGGCUAAUAAACCAACGGAAAAAGAAUGAACAACCACCACCAGUAACAGCAAUUUACUCGCCGCCUGAUACUGAAUUUUGUCAUGUAAAAGAAGAAAAUUUACAGACUGGACAACAAGCUACUGAAACAAAUUUGGAUAAAAAAUUAACAAACAGGCAGAAUAUAGGUGAUCUUCUGCAAUCCCGGUUAAAUGAAGCUGAAACUGAUGAUUUUGAGAUUAUUGACGAUGUCCCCGUCGAUUAUGCUUAUGAAGGACCAGAUGAGGAACCGUUAGAAAAUGGAGAUUUAUCUUCUGGUACAAGAUAACUCAAAACCUCAACUUCUACCUUCCAAACUUGUCAGCUAGUUAUUCCAAUUUGAUCGAAUCUGAAUCCAAAGCCUAAAAUGCAGCAUAGUGUGGCUGCUGCUAUUAGAAAGAAAGUUUGCACAGUAUAUAAAAAGCAUUCGUGAUCUAUUCAGAACAAUUUGGGAUUCAAAAAUCAGGUAACAGCAACUAUUUGUAAAUGAAGCUGUCAACUGUUUUUAAUCCGAUGAGCAAAAAAAUGAUGACUUUUUAAUAUUUAGAUUUGCUGAGAUCUUUGAUGAUUCCCUUUUAUUCUGAGUUGGCAUUCAGUUUCCAUUUGCAUAUUCUUUAUUAUUAUACUUCGGUAACAAACACUUCCAAUUCAUGAACGAAAACUCAUGAAUAUAUUUUGUCAUAAUUCUAAUUGUUUUACACAAAAAUAUCUAACUUUGAUAACAUUUGUAUUUGUCAGUUUUUGUACCGCUAAGUGAUUUCUGACUUGAUCUGUUUGAAUAAACACUUAUGCUUCAU